CUAACCCUUUUGUUGUGAUUGAAACUCAGUCCCGUCAUUCAAACCGAUCAAAUGAAUUUGAUAAAAAAAACAGCAUUUUCCGAUUUGAUAUGGGAAAUAAAUGCUGUCGAAAAGGGAAAGUGAAAAGGAAAAUCGUUCUUCUGCUCUUGGGACUAGAUAAUGCAGGAAAAACUAGGGCAGCAAACGGACUCGCCGGCGAUCCCAUGACCUCGCCGGUGCCUACGGUGGGGUUUUCUGUUAUAAAUUUAAAAUACUCGAACUAUGAUGUUCGCAUUUUUGACCUGGGUGGAGGACCCAACAUAAGGGGCAUCUGGAACAAAUACUUCGUCGACGCACAUGGUCUGAUCUUCGUGGUUGACUCGAGCGAUUUCUCACGUUUCAGCGAGGUGAAAAUGGAGUUGGAGGAUAUUUUAUACAACGACAAGAUAGCUGGGAAACCACUCCUAGUGUUAGCCAACAAACAGGACCACGAAAACGCCUUGGACGAAAUUGACAUAAUAGAAUACUUGAACAUCGAGCAGAUGGUGAAUGUCCAAAAAUGCCCAACGCUAGUGCAGAGCUGUUCCGCCAACGAAAACACUACCAACAAGCUAGACCCGGGCAUUCAAAGAGGCUAUGAGUGGCUUUUGAGCAACAUCGACAAGCGAUACGGGUCUCUGAAUCAGAGAGUAGAAGCCGACGUUAUGGAGCAAGAAAAGAUCGAAAGAGACGCACUGCUGAAGAAGAUCCAGCGAAUAAAGGCCCUUCAAGAAAUGGAGGAGAGCAAGAAAAGUGAAGACGCCAUUGAAACGUACUCGGAGUAUGUGAAAAAAAUCAACGGCGAAGUGCAGAAGGAAGAAAAAUUAUCUGAUUACGUUGUUGUAUUCGACAACCUUGAUCCAAGCAGCGAAAGUAGUUCUAGCUCCAUUUCGUUCCCUCCGGUGUAUGUCACCAACAACAGUGCCUUAACAGACAGACCCAAGUCUGCCGUAGAAAUGGUGAAACAUCAGCUGCAACUGACCAACAAUACCAAGAAGCAGUCAUUGAAGUCAAGGUCGAACAAAACGGCUCCGAUGAGUUUGUUCGGAGAGAGGUUGCCCCAUUCCGCCAAGGAGAGGCGCAAAGACUACUCAAACUCCGUCCGUAGGUUGAAGUCGGCUGACAAUUCGCUUUUUACCAUAAGCAAUACGGUGACUGACCAUCCUGACUUUGUGGGGGCUGGCGGAGACACAAUUUUGAUGAAUAACUUUGACAAAAACAGACUGCCGCCUCUGAAAGGGAGGAGCAAUGGUGUGCCUUGGGUGCAUAAGCCCGCAAACGGUGAUAGCGUUAUUAGCGUAGUGGAUAUCGAAUAGUUUUUUAAUAUAAUGCUGUUGGUGUUCUGAAACAAACAUAUAUUUUCUAGUCAAAUUGAAACAAAACUUAUAUAAAGAUCUCUUUUGUACUUCCCAUAACUUGAUUGUUGGAAUAAAUGAAUGGUUUUUU